CAAAUCCAAACCUAAGGCCCUAACUUAAAUCCUAAUUUCUAAUAUCUUAUUCUUUGAACGGGGUUUAGUGUUCUUUUCUUGCUGGCUUCUCUGUUAAUUUUUAUUCAUCAAACCCAGGUUUUAGCUUCCGAAACCUCCGUUCCACUAACACCCAGUCUGGUAAAGCUCUCAAAUUUAUCAGGUUUGUUAUUUGCACACUCUUCAUGGUAUCACUUUUUAGAAAUUGUCGUAGAGCUACUAGUGUAUUUCUGGAUCCAUCAUUCUAUUGUGCAUUUUUCCGUGCUUCAUUGCAUUAUUAUUCUCUAAAUCUUUCCUCUUCAUUUGCUUCUUCUUCCCCAGUAGAAAAGUUAGAAACUUCCCAUUUUGUUAAUCAUAAGUUUGAUCAUCAAGAACAGUUUCUAGACUCAAAAAGGCAAUCUGAUAUAGAUGUUAUUGUAGCGAAAAUUCGAGUUGGGAGUAGUCAUGAUGAGAUAGUUCAAUCACUUGUGCAUGAUGAAGUGUGUAAUAGUAUUCAUCUGUCUCAUGAACUUGUUGACAAGUUGUUGUUUCGGUUCAAGGAUGAUUGGAAAUCUGCAUUGGGUGUGUUUAGAUGGGCAGAGUCACGUGCAGGGUAUAAGCAUUCUCCGGAAGCUUAUGACACAAUGGUUGACAUAAUGGGGAAAAUGAAACAGAUGGAUCAGAUGGAGUUUCUGUUAGAGGAGAUGGAGAAAGGUCAGCAUGUUACACUUAAGACAGUGGGUAAGGCAAUGAGAAGGUUUGCUGGAGCUAGGCAAUGGGAAAAUGUUCUGAGGGUAUUUGAUAAGUUAGGAACUUUUGGGUUGGAGAAGAACACAGAGUCUAUGAACUUGUUGCUUGACACCCUUUGCAAAGAACGCAAGGUUGAGCUAGCCCGUGAGAUCUUUUUGGAUCUCAAAUCACACAUUUCUCCAAAUGCUAACACAUUUAACAUUUUUAUUCAUGGCUGGUGCAAAGUCAAUCGUGUUGAAGAAGCAUAUUGGACAAUCCAGGAAAUGAAAGGGCAUGGUUGUACUCCUUGUGUCAUAAGCUAUUCCACCAUCGUCCAAUUCUAUUGUCAUCGAUCCAACUUUAGUAAGGUCUAUGAGCUCCUUGAUGAAAUGGAAGCUCAAGGACUCAUACCAAAUGUUGUUACUUACACUUCUGUUAUGAGUGCACUAGCAAAGUCAGAGGAGUAUGAAGAAGCUUUACAAAUAGCCCAGAGGAUGAAAUCCGUUGGAUGUAAACCUGAUACACUCUUUUACAAUUCUUUGAUACACACACUUGGAAAGGCUGGCAGACCAGAGGAGGCUAUUCAGGUUUUUGAGGUAGAGAUGCCAAAUACUGGUGUUCCCCCAAAUACCUCUACCUAUAAUUCCAUGAUUGCUAUGUUAUGUCAUCAUUCGCAAGAGCGGAAGGCUUUGAAUCUCCUUAAGGAGAUAGAAGCUUCGAUAAUUUGCAAGCCUGAUGUUCAGACUUACUAUCCAUUGCUCAAGUCAUGUUUUAAAGCUGGAAGUAUAGAUAGUUUGUUGAGUCAAUUGUUGGAUGAUAUGGUUAAAAAGCAUCACCUCAGUCUUGAUUUCUCAGCGUACACACUUCUAGUUCAUGGACUUUGUAGAGCAAACAAAUGUGAGUGGGCUUACUGCCUGUUUGAGGAAAUGAUUGGUAAAGAUAUGACACCCAAAUAUCAGACGUGUCGUUUACUUCUGGAUGAGGUUAAAUUAAAGCAUAUGUAUGAUGCUGCUCAGAAAAUUGAAAUUGUCAUGCAAAAAAUAUGAGCACAAGAGGAUGCUAUGAUGCCCAGAUACAUUUAAAAUCACUGCCAAUCAAGCAAUUGGGAAACUGGCUUUAAACUUCUCAAAGCACUUGAGGCUGUGACAAGGUCGCGAGAUUGAGAGGAUAUACUGAUGCUUUGAAGGCAAAAAGGCCUACAUAUGAGUUUUUUGUGAAUAAACUGUUCCAGAAUUCUAAAUGAUGCACUGGAUCCUGGUCGAGCUUUUGCCAGAUCACCUACUUGAUUACCAACCUGCAUAGACUGGAAGGAGAACAGAUUAUGAAACCAGACACAUGCUUCAUGGACAUUUCUGUUCAGAUAGUAUCUUCUACAGCAGGAUGAAAACUAUAUUAUUGAUGCAGAUACAUAUAAUUCGUCAUUGAUGGAUGUACCUUUGUUCAGUUUGUUGAUAAUGCUAGAAAGCAUUGAAGAGGUAAGUUUUUUCCUGUCUUGAUUGCGUAGAUGAAAUCUUUCAGCAACAAUAGAUUGUACUACUUUAUUUGAAAUUCUCUGGGUUCUCAGUCGUUUAAGCGAAUGUAAACACCGUACUAUUUGACAGUUUUGGGUACCAUUAGUUGCUUCUCAGCCGCUGAGGCAUUGUACAAAUGCCCGCCUGUUGAUGUCUGCUGAUGCUAAUCUAACUCUACAGACAUCCUCACACUGUAUUUACGCUUAUGCCGCAUAGAAUAUUGAAAUUUCUUCAGUUUCAAUUUUUCUUGCUUGUCCUUAAUGACAAUGAUUCAAUAUUUAAUUUUACUAAAUUUGAUGCAAAA